CCUCGACGUAUCUCAUUGGCGGUGAAUCGGAGAACGGUCUAGCAAACAAAGAUUGGUUCUACAAGUUGAUAGUGUGAAAUUUCCAUACCAUAUAUGUCAGUCCUCAGGGGAUUCUGAACCCUCCAAAACUAGAAAGCUAAUAAAUGCAAGCAUAACGCUAGAAUUGCCACCAAGAAUUCAGUGAAUUUUGACGUCUCCAAGUCUCAGAUUCAGGUCCUGAAACCUGUAUAAAGUGUGAACCAUUUCCCCUUUACCUGUACUGUUCUAAAGAUAGCUCUCUCUCUUUUUUUUUGGUGAGGUCCUUCUUCUUGUUGGUUAACCAUGGUUAGAAGCAGCAUGGGUCGCCAAAAGUUGGAGAUGGUCAAAAUAGCUAACGAAAGUAAUCUAAUGGUAACCUUCUCAAAGCGUAGGUCUGGCCUUUUCAAGAAGGCUAGUGAAAUUUCAACUCUGUGUGGUGCUGAAGUCGCCCUCAUUGUGUUCUCGCCUGGCAAGAAGGUCUUCUCUUUUGGCCACCCUUCUGUUGAAAAGGUGGUGGAACGUUAUGUCUCGGGGAAUAUUCACCAAACUUCAGGUGCUUUUCAUCUGAUUGAGGCUCACCGGAAUGCUAGGAUCCGUGAACUCAACAUGAAGCUAACUCAGGACGCGCAAAACCAACUGGAGAUGGAAAAGAAAAGAGGUGAAGAGCUGGACAAACUGAGGAAAGCUAGUAAGAGUCAGAACUGGUGGCAGAGUCCUAUUCAGGAACUUGACUUGGCACAGCUUGAACAAUUGAAAGAAUCUUUUCUAACUCUAUAGCAGAAUCUGGCCAGGCAAGCCUAGCAGAUUCUGCUUCAAAAUUCAACUCCUCCACAGCCUUUUUUCUCUCCAAACCCCGGCACUGCUGGGAAUCUUCCCUUUGAUACCAGUAAUACAGGAUCCAACUCAAACAUGGCUGUGGCUCCAUUCAGUUCAAACAGAACCCUGACGGCUUUCAACACAAACAUGACUGGGACUCCUUUCAAUCAAAGCAGCACAACAAUGACUCCUUAUGGAUACAAUCUUGGAUAUGAAAAUGGUUUCUUCUAG